ACACGUUGCCACCAGUAUUUACGUGCGGCCUUGUUGUCGGAGGCACGAGCACAUCUCAUAUUUUCGGUAUGUCUUGGCUGAAGCUUGCUAUCGGCAUGCUCUUUUUUGGACUGGCAACGGCGACUCCAAGACGUAACGUCCCACCGGAACGAGUGGAUACCUUCAGGACAAUAGCCGCCUUUCAAGAAGUUGUCGCCAUUUCUACAUCGACAAAUGAUACUUCAUUCAAGUGCCUGAGUGCGAUACGUACAGAAUAUGACCCCGAAGCCAAGACGGCCACCUAUGUCUGGCGACUCAGGGGACAAGGAGGCACAGAAAGGAGGAAUGUCACAUUUACUAUUACGGCCGGAACAACUUCAAAUCAGGCCAACUAUAUUGUUGAUGCUGAUAACACAACGGUCUACACAGGUUACACCCACUACACGGACUUCCAGAACUGCCUGAUUACGACGAUCACGUACCGAGACCACGAUCACUGCCUGCUGUGGGUGCAGAGGUCUGUGGCAAAUGAUAUUCCCCAGAACUGCCUGCAGAACUACGAGGCGAACUGCGACGUCAGAGUUCCCAUCUUCGAAAUAGAUCUAUGUAACAACGAUGAAGGGCAUCAAAGUUAAACUAGAAUGACGCACGGAGUUCGAGCUGGGAACAUUGUUUGUGCUAUGCGCAACAAGGCCAUCAAAUCAAGACACUUCAUUACUCACUCUGUUGACCUGCUCUAAGAUCCAUAAGACUACUGAAUGAUUAAAGAAAUGACUUUAACUAAACUAC